AUGUACCCCCGAAUCUGGCUCAUCACCGGUACUUCGUCCGGCUUUGGCUCAGAGCUCGUGAAAGAAGUAAUCUCACGAGGUGACAAGGUCAUUGCAACCGCACGAAACGUGGAGCGAAUCUCUCAUAUGAAAGACAUCGGCGCAGCGACCUUGCAGCUUGAUGUUACCGCAUCCCAGGAGGUACUCAACCGCAAGGCCGAAGAGGCAAUCUCAAUCUAUGGAAAGAUUGACAUAGUGGUGAACAAUGCAGGCUAUACCCAGUUUGGCAUAUUCGAAGAGAAUAGCCAUGACCAGUGGUUCACCCAGUUCAAUACGAAUGUCUUCGGAGCAUUGAAUACCACCCGUGCCUUCCUUCCACACAUGCGGAGUAACAAGGCCGGAGUCGUGGUAUUUAUUGGCUCGAUGGUUGCUUGGGACGGUCUUCCAGCCCUUGGAGCUUACUGUGCCUCAAAGGCCGCGAUCCACUAUGCUGCGGAAUCUCUGUCCAAAGAAGUUGAACCCAUUGGAAUCAAAACCCUCCUCGUUGAACCUGGUGCAUUCCGCACUGAGCUUCUCAACCAGGCUCCAAGCAGCAGAUCGAUAUCCAAGCUUGAGGAUUACCGAACUAUCUCGGAGGCUGUGGCCAAGAACUUCGAUGACUUUAACGGGAACCAACCCGGCGAUACUGUGAAAGGAGUACAGCGCAUAGUUGACGUUGUGAAAGGUGAGAACGAAGCAAGUGGCAAGCCGUGGCCCGCUUUGCUGCCGCUGGGGUCCGAUGCAGUGUCUACAAUUCGCAAUAAAUGUGAGCAAACGCUUCGGGACUUGGAGGUCUGGGAGGCUUUUGCCAAGUCCACAGAUAUUUAG